UCCACGUGACGAAUUUACUAUUGCUGUAAUUAUUUACAGUCUAGACGAAUUUAUAUGUACAAAUUACAAUGUUUGACAUUUCUUAUUUUUGACAUUAGUACAGAAACCUGUAAUUUGUCAAUGUGGUUAUUUAUUUAUUCCAGAUCUAUGGAAUUAUAUUUAACGUCAAAUGUUACGAAACAUGGAAAAUACAGGUUAUGUCUUGAACAGCUUUGAUCCCACCAGUCAGGAGGGCCCCAUUCGGUGCAUUUUUUUCUGUGAAUUUCACCCAACAGCUGGGCCUAUCAUUUCGUGUCAAGAACCAGAACAGUACAUUUCAAAGGAACUUUUCGACAGUAUUAGUGUUUACAUAAUUACAAAAGCAGAGUUACAGAAGAGUACAAUUACUGUAACAUUGUCAGAUUACAAAAUCUUGGGUUUUCCGGUCCGAAUCGACGAUAAAAAGUACCCCCGAAACGCCUACCACUUCAAUUUGUGUCUAGUCUGCGACAGUAACGUCCGCACGGUUCAUUACGAACCUGUGGUAAUAAAAUUGUCCGAUUAUUUAAUGGCAAUGGAGAUUGAGAGUAGUUUUUUAUCGGACGGAAAAGCAGCGACAAAACUAGCCCCAAUUUUGAAACAAGUCAUCGAGGAGUUGAACACGAAGGGCGAGUGCGCGCUCACAGAGGGCCCCACAGCCACCCACUUGAAAGUGGUGCACAUUCGCAGCGACCCAGCCCCCGUGGCCGACCACCAAGUCCCCGUCUUCGUCAAGCCCCUCCCUGACCAGCAGUGGGACUUGACGACGCAACAAGUCGCCCCCUACAUCGACGGUUUCAACCACGUGGCCCGAAUCGCCGCCCUCUCCGACGUCGAAAACAACCUAGUCAAGGCUUGCGUUCAAAAUCUGGUCUAUUACGGAGUCGUCGCUUUAGUGCCUUUAUUCCAAUACGGAAACGUUUAUUGCACGACCCCCCAACUCUACAUCCUUGCCCACGAUGUCAAUUUACAAAACAAAUGUUUGAAGUUUGUAGCGGUGUCCCAAAGACAGUUACCCAAUUUUCGAGAUGUUUUUCGCAUUUUUGCCGCAAUGACACGUGGCACCACCAUGCGAGACUUGUGUCUCAGGUUCAGUCCGGCCAACUUGCGCAUAAACGAACGAAAAUUGGUGCAAUUUGGGGUGUUGGAAGGCCUGAUUCGGCGAGUACACAAAUACCCGAUUUUGAUGAGCGACACCUCCGAAUUGCAAAAGUCCCUCUCGGGGGCUGCCAAUCUGGACGAGAUUUGCUGCACCACAGGUGUCGCCACACAACAACUCGAAGACCAGCUAGAGAGAGACCACAACAUUGUCCUGUUGUGGAAAUGACUGUGAUAAUAAAAAUUCCAUUGCUCUUA